AUGUUCGAAACUGUAAAAUUUGGAAUUGUCGUCUUCGUUACUGUGUGUUGGUGUAUAAAACAUGGCAUAUGUGUGCCGAUUGCAGAACCGGACGGCGGUGAUGCGGACGAAGACGAAUUCGCACAUUUACCCGAAAUAUUGAGAAAGCGGUCGACACCAACGAACUCCCCGGAAGCUCUCGCUAAUUUCGGGAUAAAUGAAGAUGAUGCAAUGGAAUACGUAUUUAAAGCAAAUGAAGACAUAAUACGAAGCAAUAGUGAUUUAAAUGGUGUGAUGCUGGAAGGCGACAUUUACCUCGGGCCUCGAGCACACCACAAUGCACUUAAAGACGUUGACAAAUUAUGGCCUGGUGGUAUUAUCUAUUAUACGAUUGACAAAUAUUAUGAUAAAGAUGCCAAUCAACGUAUACAGGCGGCCAUAGGACACUUUGAGGAAUUAACGUGUAUUGAAUUCAGAAAAAGAGAAGACGAAAGAAAUUAUAUACAUUUUGUUCCUCUACAAGGGUGCUGGUCCAGCGUGGGGCGUGAUGGUGGCAAACAGGAAAUCUCGCUAGGAUUUGGCUGUACUGAACACCUUGGUACUAUCAUGCAUGAAAUGAUGCACGCCAUGGGAUUUUAUCACGAGCAAAGCAGGACAGACAGAGACAAAUAUGUCACCAUCGUGUGGGAGAAUAUAUUCCCAAAAAUGGAGGAAAAUUUUGAAAAAUAUGGACACCAGACGAUAGAUGAUCUUGGCUCGCCAUAUGAUUACACCUCAAUUAUGCAUUAUCCGAAAGAUGCUUUCAGUAAAAACGAUGGAGAUACCAUAAUUCCGAAGAAGAACGACGCAGAAAUCGAAUGUAAGGACGAUAACAAGUUGUGUAGUACUUGGGCCAACAAAUGUGAUAGAGACCCGUGGAUGCAGACGAAGUGUAAAAAGACUUGUAAUUUGUGUACAGAAGAUUGUGUAGACACAAACGAACGUUGCGCGUCAUGGGCUGCUGAUGGCGAGUGUCAAGCUAACCCGACAUACAUGUUGGAGAACUGUAAACAGAGUUGCGCGGAGUGUCCAUCAUCCGUUGUACCAGCAGAUUGCAUUGAUCACAACGAUAUGUGUGAUGACUGGGCACGACGUGGCGAAUGUGUUAAAAAUCCCAACUACAUGCAUUCAUCGUGCAAGAGGAGCUGUGGGAAGUGUUCCGCUUACACUAAAGUAUGCCUGGACGAGAAUGAAUUAUGCGGCUGGUGGGCCUCUGACGACGAGUGUCGCAACAACCCAGGCUACAUGAACGUGAACUGUAAAAAGAGUUGUAAUCAGUGUUAA